AUGGAUGACCUGCUGAACCUCGAGUUAUUGUCCCUCGUCUCGAAGGUGACUUCGGAGGUGCAGAAUCAUUUGGGCGUUGGGGAGAAGACCGUUGCGGAAUUCCUAAUCGCCAAACGGACGGAAUGCAGUAGUUUCGACGAAUUUCGCGACAACCUCGAGACAACCACCCCCGGUCUACCGCCUAGUCUUGUCGAAAGUAUUGAUCGCCUGGUACUCGCUCUACACCCCAAGUUCAAAGGCAAAGCAAAGCCCAACACAGACGAACACCACUCGCGAACUUUCGAAGAAAAGGAAAAGGUCUUUAGUGGUCUUGCGCUCCCCGACAAGGAGCCUGCGCGCGAUGAUGGAGCAGAUGCUAUCGAUGAUACUCUUGCGCUCCUGGAGGGCUUAGAAGGGAAGGCGAAAAAGAGCAAACCAGCAAGACGGAGUCGAAGCCCCGAUGCAGAACAUAAAGAUUCGAAGAGAAGGAAAAGAGAUAGAUCGCGGUCAAGGGAACGUCGCAAACGGGAUAGAUAUCGAUCGAGAUCACGGUCGCAAGAACGAGGCGACGAAGACUGGCGCGAUGGCCACCGCGAUUCUCGCAAAGAUCGAAGAGGCCGCCGGCGACACGACGACGACGACCGAUUUCGCAAUGCCCCAGCUCCUGAAGUGGACGAUUCACCCCAACUACACAAGAUCUAUCAAGGACAUGUUACGGGACUCAAGGAUUUUGGCGCAUUCGUUAACUUGCACAACGUGAAAGGUAGGGUGGACGGCUUAGUACAUGUCUCCCGAAUGUCUGCUGGACAACGCGUCAACCACCCUUCGGAUCUGGUGACCCAAGGACAGGAGGUUUGGGUUAAAGUUGCGAGUCUUGAUAAAGACCAGAACGGCCGUGACCGUGUGGGCUUGUCUAUGAAGGAUGUUGACCAAGAAAGUGGGCAGGAUCUGGAACCACAAGUUCGCAUGUCUACAGGCGCCAAUAUGGAAGCACUAGGAGGAGGCCUAGGGGGUAUCGGAGGCCCGAGGGACGGGUUCGCAGAGCCAUCUGGCAUGCCGCGAGAUAACCUGGGGCCACCACGACGACAAAAGAAGAGAAUGACAUCCCCCGAGAGGUGGGAGAUUCGACAAUUGAUUGCAUCAGGAGUGGCCAAGGCCUCCGAUUAUCCUGAUCUGGAGGAAGACUACAACGCAACUCUCCGCGGCGAUGGCGAGCUGGAGUUGGAAGAGGAUGUCGAUAUUGAGGUCCGCGAGGAGGAACCCCCAUUCUUGGCCGGACAGACCAAACAGUCUCUCGAGCUGUCACCCAUUCGUGUAGUCAAGGCACCCGACGGCUCUAUGAACCGAGCAGCUAUGUCGGGUACCUCCUUGGCAAAGGAGCGAAAAGAGCUCAAGCAGCAAGAAGCCGAUGCAGCUGCUAAGGACGAACCCAAGGAGAACCUUGCCCAACAGUGGCAAGAUCCCAUGGCUGAUCCCGAUAAGAGGAAGUUCGCUAGCGAUAUGAGGAACGCCAGGAAGAACCAGCCUUCUGAGGACGUGCCUGAAUGGAAGAAGGCUGUAAUCCCCAAGGGCCAGCCUUUGGGUAAGCGCACGAACAUGAGCAUCAAGGAUCAACGAGAAUCGCUACCUGUCUAUGCAUUCCGAAACCAGUUGAUCAAGGCUGUUCACGAGAAUCAGAUUUUGAUUGUGGUCGGUGAGACUGGAUCUGGAAAGACCACACAAUUGACGCAGUAUCUUGCUGAAGCUGGCUUUGCCAAUGACGGCAUCAUCGGUUGCACACAACCGCGUCGUGUUGCUGCUAUGUCAGUCGCAAAGCGUGUGGCUGAAGAAGUUGGCUGUAAGCUUGGCGAGGAGGUGGGAUACACGAUUCGUUUCGAAGACUGCACCAGCCCUUCAACAAAAAUCAAGUACAUGACAGACGGUAUGCUUCAGCGUGAGAUUCUCGUUGAUCCCGAUAUGUCGCGAUACUCUUGCAUCAUGCUUGACGAAGCUCACGAGCGUACCAUUGCCACCGACGUUCUUUUUGCCUUGCUCAAGAAGGCCCUCAAGCGACGCCCCGACAUGAAGGUUAUUGUCACCUCAGCGACGCUUGACGCCGACAAAUUCUCUGCCUACUUCAACGAAUGUCCCAUCUUCACUAUUCCCGGUCGAACAUUCCCUGUCGAAGUACUUUACUCUAGAGAACCCGAAUCCGAUUACCUGGACACCGCUCUCGUCACAGUCAUGCAAAUCCAUCUCACUGAGCCCAAAGGUGAUAUCCUCCUCUUCUUGACAGGCCAAGAAGAAAUCGACACGGCUUGUGAAGUUUUAUACGAGAGGAUGAAAGCAUUAGGGCCUAACGUGCCAGAUCUAAUCAUCCUUCCUGUUUACGCCUCGCUUCCUACCGAAAUGCAGAGUCGAAUUUUUGACCCUGCACCCCCCGGCAGCCGUAAGGUUGUCAUCGCCACCAAUAUUGCAGAGACGUCUAUCACUAUUGACGAGAUUUACUACGUCGUCGACCCCGGCUUCGUGAAGCAGAACGCCUACGAUCCUAAGCUGGGUAUGGACUCUCUUGUUGUUACACCUAUUUCGCAGGCUCAAGCAAAUCAGAGAGCCGGUCGAGCCGGUCGAACUGGCCCCGGAAAAUGUUUCCGCUUGUACACUGAAGCAGCAUAUCAGUCUGAAAUGCUGCCGACUACUAUCCCUGAAAUCCAACGACAGAACUUAUCCACCACAAUCCUCAUGCUCAAGGCCAUGGGUAUCAACGACCUGCUCCACUUCGACUUUAUGGACCCGCCCCCAAUCAACACUAUGCUUACCGCGUUGGAGGAGCUUUACGCACUCAGUGCUCUCGACGACGAAGGUUUACUUACCCGUCUGGGACGAAAGAUGGCUGACUUCCCUAUGGAGCCAUCUCUCGCCAAGGUCCUUAUUGCCGCCGUCGACCUUGACUGUGCCGAAGAAGUACUUAGCAUCGUGUCUAUGCUCAACAUCUCAACAGUCUUCUACCGUCCCAAGGAGAAGCAGUCCCAGGCAGACCAAAAGAAGGCAAAGUUCCACGACCCCCACGGCGACCAUCUAACGUUUCUCAACGUAUACAACUCUUGGAAGACGAGCGGUUAUUCCUCACCUUGGUGUUUUGAGAAUUUCAUCCAAGCCCGUUCCAUGCGUCGAGCCAAGGAUGUCCGCGACCAAAUUGUUAAGAUCAUGGACCGGUACAAACAUCCCAUUAGAUCCUGCGGCCGCGCUACCGAAAAGGUCCGUCGGGCCCUCUGUGCCGGAUUCUUCCGCAACGCGGCCCGCAAGGAUCCUCAGGAGGGCUACAAGACCCUCACCGAGGGCACGCCUGUGUAUCUGCAUCCCAGUUCAGCGCUCUUUGGCAAGCAGGCAGAGUGGGUGAUCUACCACGAGCUUGUGCUGACGAGUAAGGAAUACAUGCACUGCACGACGAGCAUCGAACCCAAGUGGCUCGUGGAGGCGGCGCCGACGUUCUUCAAGGUUGCGCCGACGGAUAGGUUGAGCAAGCGCAAGAAGGCUGAGAGGAUCCAGCCGCUGUAUAACAAGUUUGCUACAGAGGAUGACUGGCGACUGAGUGCGCAGAGAAAGGGUGGAAGAGGAGGAGGUGGUGGUGGAACUUGGGGUUAA